CUAACUCGGCUCAAAGCGCUGAGGUGGCUUACCAAGCAGCACAAGAUAUUCCAGCUUCAGUUAAUGUGAAGCAUUUUUUGUGUGCGGACGUGUCGGCGGAAUGUGAAGCAGCGACGUUGUAUCACAGUUAACGUUAAAGUGUUUUCUAAAUUAUUUUCUCUCAGCAUUCCUAUUGGAGCGAGAUCACCAACCUUGUUCUUGUUUUUUGUUUUUUUUUUUUGUUUUGGUGACUAGCGUGCAUAUGUAUGCAUAAGUAUGUGUUAAUCGCCAUGUUAGCGUGAGUGUUUUACAUAAACGUAGCUAACGAAAAUUGUAAACAAAACAGAAGCGGUAAGAGAACUUGGCAUUUGUGGAUAUACGCUUGUGUGUGAGCGCGAGAAUACAAACCAAGAAUAGCAAAGCAAAGCGGCUGAGCAAGUGACAUGAAAAUGAUCGGCAGCGAUUACGUACUGGAGGCGCAUAACAUUUUCCAUACCACAGAGGUGGAUGGCGGUGGUUGCUUCAAUGGCGGCGGCAGCUCGGCGCUUGUGCUCAAAGGUGUCAAUUUAACUGUCCACAGUGGCGAAGUGAUGGCCAUUCUGGGUUCGAAAGGAAGCGGUAAGCGUGCUUUGUUGGAUGUCAUUGCACGCCGUGCAGAUGGUAUGACGCGUGGUCAAGUAUUACUCAAUGGCUCACCGCUGACUAGAGGCCUCUUCCAGCAACGAUGCGGCUAUGUGACACAAUCAUGCACUUUCAUACCUGGACUGACGGUGGCGCAAACACUACAUUAUACGCCAACAAUACUUUCGGGAUAUUUGAAAAGUUCAAAAGUACGCCAAGUCCUUGCCGAUUUGGCGCUAUCUCAAGUGGCUCACAAGCGUGUCGAAUAUUUGAAUAUGAGUGAGGCGCGUCGUUUAGCUAUUGGCAUACAACUUGUCAGAGAUCCUGUAAUGCUCCUUCUCGACGAACCCACCCAGGAUUUAGAUCCACUCAGCGCUUAUUUGCUCAUAUCAAUACUUUCGAACAGCGCCAAAAAAACUGGUUGUGGCAUUUUGCUAUCCUUGGAAAAGCCACGCUCCGAUGUAUUUCCCUUCCUCGAUCGCGCGCUUUUCCUUUGUCUGGGUGGUGUAGUUUACUCUGGCGGUACGCGUGCAAUGCUGGAAUAUUUUCAUAGUAUUGGAUUUCCAUGUCCGCAACUCGAGAACCCCCUGAUGUAUUAUCUCUGCUUGUCAACCGUGGAUCGCAGAAGCCGCGAUCGCUUUUUGGAGUCCAGCCAACAGAUUGAAGCCUUGGUGGAGCGCUUUUCACGCGAAACUCCCCUAUCUGAUGCGCCACUUAACACAAUGGGUAACGGUAAAGUACCGCUGGCCUAUGGAAAACCUGGCGAACUAAAAGUUUGGAUUAUGUUGUAUUUAAAAUUGCUCGCUUCUACGUUUUCCUGUGGCAUGGCUGGCAUGAAGGCACUCUUUUUGCGUCUACUGUUACUACCGUUGGCGAUGGCGCUUAUGUGGCUCUUCUACACAAAUGUUGGCGAUGAUUCGCAUGGCUUCUUCAGCAAAAACGGCAUGAUUCUCAAUAUUAUUGGCUUGGCAUAUGGCUGUGGCAUUCUCAGCACAAUCUCACUAUUUCCAAUAUGGCGCAAACGAUUUUCACAGGAUACACCCGAAGGCCUGUACUCAG